GAAUGAGUGAUAUCCCUGAUCUGUUUGAUAUCGGAUUGAGUAAGGAGACUCUGAGAAGAUUUAUUGGACUCAAAUCUACCGUUAAUCCUGACCCAGAAUUUGGAACUUCUAAGACAUUGAAUAUCGUCGUUGAUUCUAAGACUACUGAAUAUGAGGGUGAGGAGAAUAAAAAGGUUCCUGAGAUCGAGGAUAGUUUAUGCCUAGAACCCCCUGCAGCUGCUGGUUCGAAUGAAAUUAGUUUUUUUUUGCCAUUACCAAUACUACAUUCAAGUGCAUUCAAUAUUACUCAGGAUACAAGUGGAAGUCCUGUAUUUGCUUCCAGAAGGGAGAAACCUAGGAAAGAAACGAACUUUGAGCUCUCUCCACUUCACAGACAAGUCAUUCCACCCAACUUAGGACAAGAGCAGAGUCCUGAAACCCCUGUACUCCAAUCUGUAAAUAUAAAAGAGAACCUGACGACUAAGGCUGCGGAAAAAUCAGUAAUGAGAGUUUCCUCCCCCCGACUUGAGACUAAAUAUUUACAGAAAGCUGAACCGGAACCUCUUGUUACCCCGGAACUGCAAGCUUUGAAGAUAGGAAGUGUAGAAACCCCUGAAACACCUGUUCUUGAAACCAUCAAUAUUAGAGACUAUCUUAAGAAGAAGGAGCAAGAACUUAGAGCUAGCAACACUCCAGAAAAACAAAAUGAUAAGAAAGAUCUUGGCAUCCCUUUAUCUCCUGAAACCCCUGUUCUACAAACUAUCAAUCUCAGAGAAUAUUUUAACAAAAAGGCGGUUGGGCCAAUAGAGAGACAAGGAGAUCAGUACUCUUCUCCCCAGUCCUUGAAUAGCAAUAGCGAACCGGAAGCCGAUCUUGUUUCUGCAGAUAAAGGAUUCAAGUCCGGAAGUACAGCUACAUCAGACCCAGAGAGGAAGUGUAGAAACCCCUGA